GACUGCUGUAGUGCUGCCAACCUGUUUAGUGUUGGUUGGAAAAUUGCGCGUAGUUUUAAGACCGUAAAAAAACCAUCCACAAAAUACAUUAAAAAACCUCCCAUGUGCGUUAGUUUGUGCUUUUAUCAUACAAAAUUAACAAGAUUUAGAGAUGCCUUUUGUAUAAUUUGAAUAGUAGAAACUGGCAUACUUUAACCCCUUAUACCGUUUUAAGCUACAGCUGAGCAUAUGGCCUGCAGUCGGAAAUCAAAAAGCGCAUGGACUCAUCUUUUCUGCCGUAAACACAAGUGCCAAGGAUGGCGAAAGUGUGCCGAGUGUGCCUGGAUUCAUAACUGAGUACCACCUGAAAAGACAUACCACCAGUCACAAGAACAACCAGACGGCCGAAAUGAGCAAAAUAAAGCCUCUUGGAAGUAAGAACACGUAGUACCGAAAAAUUCGUAGUACCGCUGAACUUUUGUGUCCGCAAUGCUAUAAAUGUUUUGACUCACAGUACAAGCUCGAAUUUCACAUUAAUAAGACGUGCCAUAAAUGUCCCCAGUGCUCACGCUUUUAUGUAAACGAACGUAGCCUAAGAAGACAUCAACAAAAGCACAUGCCACUGGCAGCCUUAGAGUGCACGCGCUCAUUCCCGAACAUGAAUAAGGCGAUGAAGCACCGUGUCAAGCACAGCGGCGUUGGCCUGUUUAAAUGCCAAGAAUGCAAUGCGGAAUUCAUCGACAUCCUUUAUAUGCAGAUCCACAGUAAAGAGCACUCUAAUGAACAUGGUCAAAGCAGUCUAUUGAGACAUACCAAGGACGACAUUCCAAUGGCAGCCUUAGAGUACACGCGUUGCCCGCACUCAUUUCCGAACAUGGAUGAGGUGAUGAAGCACCGUGUCAAACACAGCGACGUUGGCAUGUUUAAAUGCCAAGAAUGCAAUGCAGAAUUCAUCGAAAUACUUUAUCUGCAGAUCCACAGUAAAGAGCACGCUGGUGAGCAAGGCCAACUGGAGCGUAGCCAAGGAGGUACGCCCCCUAGUGCCACGAAACAGAUCGACUCGGACUCCGAGGAGAUUGAUUGUGAAAUGCUCUCCUGCAGUGACAGUCCACCAUUGGUAAAGAUGAUGAAGCUCACUGACCCCGAACCUGCUAUAUCAAACCCCACGAAGAAGGACUGCACGACCGAAUCCUUGCCAAAAAAACGGAAUAUUACGUGUCAGGAGUGCGGUAUGAAAUUUACGUUUAAAAACAACCUGACUAGGCAUAUGCGUGCUCACACUGGCGAGCGUCCCUUCGAGUGCACGUAUUGCGAGAAGAAAUAUACGCGCAAGAUUCACCUAGAUGAGCACACUCGUAUUCACACUGGCGAACGUCCUUACGAUUGCUUGACUUGCGGCAAGAAAUUUAUUCGCAAGUAUUCUCUGGUUAUGCACAUUCGGGCCCACACUGGCGAAGGACUUUUCGAUUGCUCGCAGUGCGACAAAAAAUAUAGAGAUAAUUACGCGCUAAAGCACCAUUUUCGUAAUAUUCACAGUGGCGAACGUCUUUACGAGAAACAUAAGCAAGGGUGCUCCAAAAAGAAGGAGAAAAGGCUUUGACGAAAGUUCUUAACUGGAGAUACGCGAAAAAGGCGUCGAACAACAACAAUAUGCCUGAUUGUGUCCGAUUUCUAUUGCAUCUUUAAUUUUAUGUUUGUCAAGCUUUUUGCUGGUUAAUGAUGAAAUGACAUUUAUUUAGAAAACACUUAAGAACUUGUUAUAUUAUUGAAUAAUUCUUUUGUUACGCUUAUAUUUCCUGUUUUUGUUAAAUAUUCUUACAAAACAUAAUCUAUAUGCUUUACAUUAUAAUACUCAUAUGGAAAUAUUAAAUAAGGCUUAAGUCCCAAUUGUUCCUCAACAUGGCGCGAAUUGUGCAACAUUUGCAUACCCUGUGGAAAUGGAUAUUAUAGAAUUGAGAAAAUGUUUGUCAUCUCAGGCUCCAUUAUAUGCAGAAACUAGUCAGUCUCUGUUUUAACGGUA